AUGUCUAAAUUGAGUUAAACUAAGAAAUCUAUAUUAUUAACUGCUUUAGUAAUAUUUGGAUCAUUGGCAAUAAUAAGUAAUUAAUGAUAUACAAAAAAAAGCUUUUAAUUUGUAAAAUAGUCAGAUAGUUUUUGUUGAUUAAGAAGAUACCUAUGGAGUAUUUAAUCAUCCUUUUAUGUAAACAUUUACUAUGUUUAUUGCUGAAUUUCUAUGUUUACUUGCCUUCUUUUAUGUCAAAAGUACUGAGUCUUAUAAAAAUUAAUAUCAAGAAGCUAAUAAUAAUGGAUUAAAAAGAAUUAACAUAUUUUUAAUACUCAUCCCUGCUUGUUGUGAUAGUAUUGGAGCACUCUGUAUCUACAUAUCAUUAAAUUUUUUACCACCUUCUGUUAAUUCUAUAUUGACAUGUGGAAUUAUUGCUACAUCUGCCAUUUUAUCAAGAUUGAUGUUAAAGAGAAUGUAUACAACCAAAGAAAUAUAAGGAUGUUUAUUAGUUUUAGUAGGAGUGGCUAUUGUUGGCAUAAGUGGUUUUGUAUUUCCUGAAGAAUAAAAAUAAGAAGUACUUAUAUAUAUAAUAAUUCUAGGAUUUCAAAAAAUAAAUAGUUUCAAUAUUCUUAAUGUUAUUCUCUAUUUUCCUUUAUGGAUUCUAAUACACAAUUGAAGAAAAGUAUUAUAAAACCUAUUUCAUCCAUUAAUUGGAACUUAUUGGUUAUGAGGGAAUGUGGGGAUUGAUCAUAUAUACAAUAAUAUGUAUAUCUUUGACUUUUACAAAAUGUCCUUAAGUUCUUGAUAAUGUUUGUAUUCCACAUAAUGGAGAGUUUUAUUUUGAAAGAGCUGAUUAUUAUUUUCAGCAAUUUUCUUAAAGUGCUCUUCUUUAAUUUGCUAUAAUUUUUGGUAUUCUAUCAAUUUCUGUUUACAAUACUAUGUGUCAGACAGUAACAAAAUAUUUAUCUUGUGUUACUAGAGCAUUAGUGGAUGUUGCUAAAAUUAUGAUGAUAUGGAUUAUAUCUUUAAUAAUUUCAUUAAGUACUUCAUCAUCAAAUUAUCAUUGGGAAAAUGUGAGACUUGGAGCUAUCAUUAUAGAGGUGAUUGGAUUUUCAUUUGUUGUUGCUGGUGAAAUCAUAUAUAAUUUCAAUGCUACUUAAGUUGAAGAUGAUGAAGAAAUAACACAGAAUUUAAGUUUAUAAAAAGGUUGA